CGUCGUCGAGGAUCUCCGGUGGUUUGAGGAAUCAAUCUCACCAUGCCAAUGAGGCACCUCAACGCUAUCGCCGUUUUACUAAUGAUGUUCUUUACUCUCUUAAUCCUAUCUUUCACAGGCGUUUUAGAAUUCCCAGCUGCUUCAACUUCGAUCCCGGCAACGAAAUUACCUGAUUCAACAUCGGAUCCGUUCAGUGAAGUCCUCUUAGCUUAUAAAAAAUGGGACUUUCGAGUGGGUUGUGCUCGGUUUAAGGAGAAUCAUAAGGAUUCGAUCCGUGGCAAUGUUAGUUCGGGUUCUUUACAAGUAUCUGGUGGUGAGUUGGGUUGUGGUAAGCUUAAGAUGGAGCAUGUUAAGGUUUUGGUUAAAGGGUGGACUUGGAUUCCGCAUAAUUUGGAAAAUUUGUAUUCUUGUCGAUGUGGGAUGACUUGUUUGUGGACUAAAUCACCGGUUUUGGUUGAUUCACCUGAUGCUUUGUUGUUUGAGACUACAACUCCUCCGCUACAGAGACGUGUUGGAGACCCGCUCCGUGUGUUCAUGGAGCUAGAGGCUGGAAGAAAACGCUCAUACCAUGAAGAUAUAUUCAUCAGCUACCAUGCCAAAGACGAUGUCCAAACAACUUAUGCGGGUGCGCUCUUUCAUAAUAACAGAAACUAUCACAUCUCUCGACACAAAAACAAUCGCAGGGAAGUAGAACAAUUGCUCCUGGAGCAUCAUAGUAGAGACGAUGACGUGUGAAUGUGAUCACAAGUAUAGCUUCAUUGGAUGGAGUUUCUUUUUGUAUUAAACGAUUGUGUGAGCUCUCUGUUUUCAUCCUUCCACUUGGAUAAUAACAGCAGAUUCUUUUGUUUUUUGUUUGUUGAAAUCAAAGCUUUGAUAUUUUGUCUUAAUGUUGAUAGAGAUUACUUGCAGUAUAUAGUAAAUUGAUUGUCAAUAUAAAAAAAAUGUAGCUAAUU